UACAUAGGAGAAGGCGGCUGGAAAGCACGUGUAGUCAGUCGUUCACAUCGAGAGAGUUGUUAGGUCGUGAGUGCGUUUUUCGGGAGUUGUCGCAUCCUUUUUUUACCGAAACAAACAGAAAUUGCGUACGUGUGUUGAUUCAUUUUUACCUUUCGAACGGUUAAAAAUAUAAUAAAUCACGAGCAUUAAUAUCGUCGCAGAAUAGAUUUGAACUUUUUAAAGUCAUUUCUGAACUAACGGGGAAUUCGGAUUUGAUUUCUUUUAUUGAAAUGGAGACUGUUGGGAUUGAUUUGGAAAGCAAAUACACAUAUUUUCCACCUUUUCCAAAAUUAGAACGCCUGGCCGCUCUCUCAGUAGCUUUGAAUUUGUGGAAUUAUUAUUAUUCUCAUUAUCAUACGAAUUCUUGUGAUUAUGAGCUCGAAAAGGUCAAUGAAAUCGUCAAUGACAUGAAGAUGCCAAACAGCAUUACAGAAGAAAUCAUUGAACUUUGUGAUACCAUUUACAGCCAGUUACAAGAUUAUGGGUACGACCAUUCGGAAGUUAUGAUGAUGUGCAACUGCAACGCGUUUAAAAAUACAAAACAUUUUUUUCUUUAUGGAGCUGUUUGGGACACAAAUGGGCAUAUCGACCUCAAAAAAACAGCAGAGAAAGUUUUGAAGUGCCCAGAACGACGAUUGAAUAAUCACGUUUUGAUGUUUCAUAUCAUGGCCAAUUACUGCUUGGAAAAUUAUAUGAAAGAUUUUCCAUGGUCUUCGUUGAGUAACCAAUAUAAAACUCGUUCUGGCAGGAGACAAUAUGAAGUAAUAAACUAUUGGAUUGAGUUCAAACGUAAUGAAGAAAAGGCUUCAGAUAACCACCGACACCGACACCGACAGCAACUACUCGACAGUCUGAAACGUGAUACUCCUGCCUUCUGGCCUUUGUAUGUGUACGAAUACUUCUGGUAUUUCUUGGAUGAAAAUGAACAAGUGACCGUGACAAGGAAUUUUAUUCAACGUGAAAGAACUAACAGGAUGUUUUUCCUAUUCUCAAAACUAAAUAGGCAUCAGCUCAGGAGUUUAUACUUGGAAGAGCCUGCUGCCAUUAUUAUAAACUAUUUUCGUUCAAACGAUUUCGAGCUGAUACAUGCAGCAUGGGCGUAUGUUCGGUCAACAAUCAAAGAGGAGCAAUUCGGACGCUUGAUUAAUGAGGUCUUGGAACAUGAAAUGUAUUGCAAUGACAACUCCAUACGAGUACAGUGUUUCAUUGACUUAUGGAGCAGUGCUCCUGAUAAUUUGAUCAAUUACCUGAUAAAUGUGAAAAAUUGUGCAAUUGCAGAACAAUUUUUUCACAGAGAACUACAGGAUGUAAGUCCCUAUAAAUUCAACUUUUUAAAAGUCAUUCUCCCUCGUGCAACGCUUGAAUUCAGAAAGCAAUUCUUUUUGGAUAAGGGACUAGAUUUGAUAUUGGCCUAUUCCGAUGUGUUCAGUACAUUAAUCGAACAUUGUUUAGAUGUGACUGACCAGAUGGAAAUCAAGGAGAAAGUGCUAAUAAAAGCUAUAAAAUCAGAUGAAACUAAAAUUCUACGUCAUUUUCGUAAUUUAUUAUACUCCAGUGUGGAAGAAUUUAAUGAAUUUUUGACAUAUCUCACCUUAGAACCAAAUUUACAGACGCGUGUAAAAAAGCGUUUGUUGAGAUCUAGAGUACUGAUCAUCAGAAAACUGAACAGAAUUUAUAAUUGGGCAAAAGUAUGCCAAUUUAUAGACGAACUGUAUUCCAAUGAUGAAAAAGAAGCUCGUAAACAAAAAAAGAAAGCGGUGAAUUCGUUUUUAGAUUCUCACUUCCAUUAUGGGCAUUGCUUUCGACGAAACGGCGAUGAAAAGUUUACUGAAAUCGAAAACUUCAUGUCUCAAUUUCUUACUCCUGAAGAAAUUGCAACUGCCAAAAAAGACAUAAUCGACUACUUUCAAUCAGCUUUGUCCAAUACCGAUACAUGGCGGCGUUUUGAUUUAUUUUUGAAAAGAGUGAACAUUCCGAAGCUUAUUGCUUGGUGUUAUGACGACGACGAGGAAAAGAUUUCUCAAUUCAAAAGUUUAUUUCCGAUUGAUACGGCGUUUCAACUUUUUUUGCGUGAAACAGUAGAACGAUACGUUAAUGACAAUGACACUAAUCUAUCAUUUUCUGCAUUAGAACAACUUUUGUGUUGGAAAUUCUCAUCAAAAAUACAUAUUAAAAAGUUCAAAAGGAGGCAAAUACACCGUGCUAUGAGAAGUGAAGUGUUCCCGCACUAUAUAUGUGACGAAGAAGAAUUAUAUCCACGCACAGUGAAGAAAAUUAUUGCGUGGAUUUUUGAUGACAAUGAAUUCAAAGUUGAAGCAUUUGAACAACUUUACCAGAAAGAAGGUACGAUAAAAAUUAUUCAUUGGUUACAUCCGAGAAGAGAUUGUCAUUUUUGUAGAGAGUAUACUUAUCAUAGUAGCGAUGAAUCUGACUAACAUUGUAUUAGGCAAUUCGUGAUAAAAAUGUGAUACAAUAUGUUGGCUAUACCAGCUAUACUUACCUAAUUAUUUUUUUGAUUAUAGCUAUACUUACAUGCAGGUUCCUAUUUUCUCUCAUUUUAGUUGAUUCUAAUUGCGAUUUUUCUCUCCUUUCCUAUUUGCAUAAGAGAAAUAUAUUUUUAUUUACCCCUGUAUUUGAAAUUGAAAAAAAAAUAAUAGGUACCUAUUUUGUUGUAUCAAUAUUACGUUUAAUCAAUGUUACCUACUAAGUUUUCAUUACUUACUUGCAAUGUUGUUUUGUUCUGAUUCUGAAGCUCUUGAAUGACUUUUUUCUUCAAUUGAAUAAAUACGUGCCUUAGACUACAAAAAGAGCCCUCAUGUACCUACUGUACGUGUCAAAUUUUUUUUCGGUUUACUGGCGAUUUUGGUUCAACUAGAUGUUAUUAGGUGGGGGCAAGAGUAUGCCUUGAUGUUUGAUACACUCUGGAGGGGAAGCAACUAUGAAUUAAGAGGUGGAAAACAUAAGUUUUUGGUCCAUUUGGUGCUCUUUAUUUGCAUCAAUAAUUUUUAAACCUCUGUAGAACGCAAACCGUCCGUUCAAUUUCCAAAAAAAAAGAGCCCUUAUGUACGUGUCAAUUUUUUUUCGGUUUACUGGCGAUUCUGGUUCGAAUAGAUAUUAUUAGGUGGGGGUAAGAGUAUGGCUUGAUGUUUGAUACACUCUGGAGGGGAAGCAAGUAUAUGAAUUAAGAGGUGGAAAACAUAAUUAUCUAAUUUUCAUCAAAAUUGGACCUACAGUUUCGGUUUCACGGAAAAAUUAUUCCUAAUAGGUAGGUACGUAAUAAAGAAUUUAAAAAAAUCAUAAGUUUUUGGAAUGAUCUUCGUAGUCAGCUUCAAAUUAAAAUUAAGGGGCCCAAUUUUAAACGAUGUUUGAUUACACGCGCCCGUGAUAGAGGAGAUUAUGGCAAUUGGUGCCGUUUUUUUUUUUUUUUUUCGUUCUACGUACUUAAGUGCCCUUUGUGUAGUCCAAGGCACAUGCGAGUACUUAUUUGUGUUUUUUUAUUACCUAUCUUUGCCGUUCGCUCUUUUUAUUAUGAAAUAUAUUAUUAUGUUUGAAAAAUGUACCUACAAAAUAUUUUCGAAUUUUUAAUAUGUAUUACCGUACCUACAUAUAUUUUUAUUAACAAUAAAUGAAACUCAAAAAAAAUCAUAA